GUUUAUUCAAUCAACUGACCAAUCACAACAGUUCGUUUUAUGACGUCAACGAUGACGUAAGUGCUGGGGAAUGUUCUAGCGCUUUGUUGAGUUUGUGUAGAAUUUGCUACACCAUGCUGCAAUAUGAUAGGAAACUUAUUGUACAUAAAUUCAGAUUGUUGAACGUUCUUUCAUUCAAUCCAUACUUCAUUGAAAGAGUCUGGCUACUCAUAUCAUCAAUCCACUUUAAAAGCGUUCUGAAUGAGAAAACCUACCUACUGCAGUGGAUAGCUCGGGGAUCGAACCUGGUAGGUGAGGACUUCCGCAGGAUCAUCCCACUCGUCUCCACCCUCAGCAUCAUCUUCAACUACUACUUGCUAACAAUCAGUGACGCUGAAUUUCAUGGAAAGAGAGGGACAAAGAAAGUAAUGCCCUUCAACAACCUGCAAGCAGUCUCGCAACUCGCCCUGGCUCUGAGGGACUUCUGUCUUGGCGUCAUCGAGCUAAGCCACCCUGAAUCCAGAACUCUGAUGAUCAACUACAACAGACUGUCGCACAACAUGGCUACUCGCGUGCUGUCGUCGACAGCUCUGAAGUCGCGAUUUACAGCUUUGACGUCGCCGACGGCAGCUCUGACGUCACAGGCAGCAGCUCUGACGUCAUCAUCUCCCAUUCCGUCCUAUAGUGAGAGGUCCAUAAUGAGGCAGAGGGAGUUGCUCUACGUUUUCAAGGAUGCAGUGAAGCUAUUGAAGCAGUUGUACGAGAGAGAUUGCAGAGAAAGUUACUGUCCUGCUGGCUCCUGGCUGGCCUCAAGUAAUCUCUACCACUCUGAGAAGUUUAUACAGCCGUUAAGUUCAACAGCCAGUGUGUUUGUGGGCUGUGCUUUUGGCACGCUGAGUAUCUUGAACUCGGACGAAGCGAGCUUAAGUGUAGACCAACCCAUCUUAUCAACAUCCGAGGUCCGCAAGUUGAUCAUUCUCUCUGAACUUCCUUUCGUCAUAUCUUUUCAGGACAGGGUUAAGAUUUUCCACGACCUUGUAAGGAGAGAUAAGAUGGAGAAUCAACCUGACCAUGCCGGCUUGUACGGAAACACGAUCAUCAUCAGGAGGAACUAUAUUUAUGAAGAUGCUUUUGAAAAGUUGUCCCCUGAAAAUGAGCCGAACUUGAAAGGUCGUCUUCAGAUCAAGUUGAUAAACGCGGCGGGCCUGGACGAGGCGGGUGUGGAUGGCGGCGGACUCUUCCGCGAAUUCAUGUCCGAACUGGUGAAGACCGGCUUUGAUCCCAACCUCGGCUUCUUCAAGAUGACCCCUGAUAAACUUCUCUACCCAAACUUCCAGUCCAACCUCAUAUGGAAGGAUGACUACUUGAAGCAUUACUUUUUCCUUGGCAGGGUGCUUGGAAAAGUCAUAUACGAGAACAUGUUGAUUGAAGUUCCAUUCGCUAGUUUCUUCCUUGCCAAACUGCUGAGUCGACACAAGGGUUUGCUUGAUAUGCAUUAUCUUGCCUCGUUGGAUCCUGAGCUACACAGAAACCUGCUGUUCAUAAAAGAUUACGAAGGUGACGUGUUGGAUAUGCAGUUGGAUUUCACUGUCAACUAUGAAGUGCUCGGUCAAUUGAAGGUUGACGAAUUGAAACCAAACGGUCGAAACAUCCAAGUGACCAACAGCAACAGAUACGAGUAUAUGUACCUCAUGGCGGACUACAAACUAAACAGACAGAUCCGGCAACACUGCUCAGCAUUCCGUGCGGGACUGGCCGAUGUCCUGAACAUAUCCUGGUUACGCAUGUUCGAUCACAACGAACUCCAGAUCCUCAUCUCGGGAGCCAACGUCCCGAUCGAUGUCGACGAUCUGCGAAGGAAUUGUAACUAUUCAGGUGGCUACACCGUGGGCCACCCGGUGAUACAGAUGUUCUGGCAGGUGGUUGAGGAUUUUGAUGACAGUCAGAGGCAGCAGCUCCUCAAGUUCGUUACCAGCUGCUCCAGACCCCCGCUCAUGGGGUUCAAGGAACUCUACCCUCCCUUUUGCAUCCACCACGCCGGCACCGACCUUGACCGCCUGCCGACCUCAAGCACGUGCAUGAACCUUCUCAAGUUGCCAGAGUUCAAGGACAAGGGAUCUCUGAAACAGAAACUGCUCUACGCUAUCGAGUCUGGCGCUGGUUUUGAAUUGAGUUGAUUGGAUUACUGAGUGAGUGGAGUGAGUGAAUGAGCGAGUGGGUGAAUAAAUGAAUGAGUGAGUGAGUGAUUUAUGUCAGUGAUUGAUUGAAAGAGUAUAUGAAUAACGGGAUAAUGGAUGGAUGAAUUAGUGAAUUAAUGAAUGUAUAAACGUUGAUUGACAGCAUAAAUGAAUGUGUGAUAGUUUAUUUAAGCAUGUUAAGUGGAACGAUGAAAUGUUUUAUAAAAUUUGUGAUUAUCGUCAUUACUUUUAUGGUGUUAACAUUUUAUUAUUUAUCUAUUUAUUAUCAUCACCAUUUCGUCAUCGUCAUCAUUUUCACCAUCUUCAUCAUUCUCAUCAUCAUCGUCUCUGUCAUCGACUUCUUAGUAAUCAUCUUCUUCGUCAUCAUCUUUACAAUCACCAUUAUUGUCAUCAUCAUCAUCACCAUCAUAAUUACCGUUAGUUUUAAUUUGAAUUCUCUUUCAAACUUUAUCUUUUAUCGACAGUCCAAUUUUUUUGAAACCAAAUUACAUUAGCUUAUUUUUUUAAAGAUAAAUAAAUAUUUUUCAG